CUAUCUCUCUCUCUCUCUCUCUCUCUCUCUCUCUCAUGAAUCCAAACUAAUUUCAAAGUUCAAACUCAACAUUGUUUAGGGUUUUUGUUCCUUCUCACUACCCCAUGAUCCAAACUCAAAAAAACUGACGACAACCUCAAUUCCCUCGGAAGUUGAGUAAAACCCCAACAUGGGUAUUUCGUUUAAGGUCUCUAAGACCGGUACCAGGUUCCGUCCCAAGCCUCCUCUCCCCUCCGACACCAACGUUGUCGCUGAUGAUGACGUGUCCGAGAACCAUGCCUCCUCCAAUUCUCUAAAGCUCAAUCAGGUUGAAAGAAAGGAGAAUGUGGCUGGGGUGUCUGGUUCUUCAAUGUCCUCUGAAGGGCUCCUCGUAUCUGCAGAGACUGAGGCUUCCUUCACUUUAAAUCUCUUCCCAGAUGGAUAUUCCAUUGGAAAACCCUCUGAGAAUGAGAAUGCUCAUCAAGAUGUUCCAAAGUUGCUGCACCCAUACGAUAGGACGUCAGAAACUCUCUUCUCGGCAAUUGAAUCUGGUCGGUUGCCUGGAGAUAUAUUAGAUGACAUACCUUGCAAGUACAUUGAUGGAACACUUGUUUGUGAGGUUCGAGAUUAUCGUAAAUGUGCUUUUGAACAAGGGCCCGCCAGUCCACCUACCGAUGGAUCCCCUAUUGUAAAUAAGGUCCGCCUCAGAAUGUCACUGGAAAAUGUAGUCAAGGAUAUCCCCUUGAUCUCGGAUAAUUCUUGGAGUUAUGGUGAUCUGAUGGAGGUAGAGUCCCGCAUAUUGAAAGCUUUGCAACCACAACUUCAUCUGGAUCCCACUCCCAAGUUAGAUAGGCUAUGUAAGAAUCCAGCUCCCACAAAGCUUGAUUUUGCUUUGACCAGUAUAAGGAGAAAGAGGUUAAGACAGAUGCCAGAAGUUACUGUUACAUCUAACAGCAUGACACAUGGGAAGAAAGUUUGCAUAGAUAGAGUUCCAGAAAGUUCUAAUUGUAGGUUGGGAGAUUCAGGACUCUUUUCAGGCAAUAUGAUGCCACACCAUGGCCAUGAGAAUUUGAUCACUCAAAACUUGAGUGCAAAUAACAUUGCCUUAAGAUCUAAAAAUUGUAUGCCCGACGUUUCUGUCCCAGCACCACACCCAUCAAGGUAUCAAAUGGGGGUCGGGACUCCUGUGUCAGCUUCCCCUGUUGGACAGGAGAUGUUGAUCUCGUAUGCUGACAAUGUUACUUCCAAAGCCUCUCAUUCUGGAAAGAGAGAGCAUCAAGAUGGGCAAAUCUCACCUUUAUCUUUCAAUAAGAGACCGAGGUCCACAGGAGUUGGUCUUGAUCCAAUGCAACACCCGCAAAUAGGGCCUAUAGACAGCUUUAACGGAUCAGAUAUAAACUGGAAGAAUACAUUGUUGCAGCAUCCAAUGGCCAAAGGUAUGCAAUAUCCAAAUACGGGGACUCAGAAGUUUUCCCCCCAGGUGUUUGAAGGGGCUCUGAAUCAAGAUGCUGGGACUAUACCGUUUGCUGUAGGGCAGCCAAAUAUGAGAUAUGGCGCCAAGGAAGAACAGUUUGAGACCGGAAAAGUAGAAGGGUCAGAGCUCAGUGGGAUUAAGAAUGAUAUGCAGAUGGUGGAAGGAGAAACAAGCCAUCUUGACCCACAGUUAUCACGAUUUCCACAAAGAAUACCACAGCAUUCAUUCAUGAGAUCUAAUUAUUCUCAGACAUCCUGGAAUAAUCUUGGUCAAAAUAUUGAAAAAGAUAUACGAAAGGAUGACCAACUCUCCAAAAGAAAAUCAGUUCAAAGUCCCCGGUUAUCUGCUGGGGCUAUGGUUCAGUCCCCACUAUCAUCAAAAUCUGCAGAAUUUUCUACUGGUUCUGUAGGACCACACUUUGGAGCUAAUUCUGCCUAUGGGGCAUCACAGAAGGAAAAGGCAGCAAUCAGCUCAGCCGGUAUGGGAACCCCAUCUUUGACUUCCAGUGGUAAUGACUCCAUGCACAGGCAACACCAGGCUCAUGUUGCUGCAAAACGGAAAUCAACCUCCCUUCCUAAAACUUCAGCAAUGAGUGGUGUUGGAUCCCCUGCCAGUGUUAGUAAUAUUAGUAUGCCACUAAAUGCAAAUAGUCCCUCUGUUGGAACUCCAUCUUCAGCUGACGAAAGCAUGCUUGAAAGGUUAUCAAAAAUUGCAGCAGUGACAAUGAGGUAUCAACUCAACGGGAAAAAGAAUAAGGUUGAUAACUACUCCAGGAAGCCAAAUUCUUAUCCAGCGCAACAUCUUAUGGCUUGUCUCUCAAAUGUUUCGAAUAAUGAGGAUUUUAAAGAUGAUUCAUGUGUGAGCCCUUUAUCGAAGUCGCUUGUUGGUGGCAGCAUGAAUAUCUGCAAGACCAGAAUUUUGAAUUUUGUGGAGCAAGUUCAAGGAGCUGGGUUUUCUUAUGUUCCUAAGGUAAAAACAAGGAUGAUUAUGUCAGAGAAGCCAAAUGAUGGUACGGUAGUAAUGUUCCAUGGAGAAAUAGAGGAUGGUGAUUUUCUGGCUGCUGAGGAUCAUCUUCCUACAUUGCCCAAUACUCAUUUGGCUGAUUUGCUUGCAGCACAAUUCUGUUCGCUGAUGGUACAUGAUGGAUAUCUUGUGGAAGAUCAUGUCCAGCCAAAGCCAACUCGCAUGUAUCUUCCCCCGGGCAAUAAUGGUGCCGGUUUGCCACGUAAUAAUUCUGCAGUUGAAAUGCAACAAUAUGCAGAUGCAGUUUCAGGUCAACCAUCUAAUGAUGUUAAGCCGAUGAUUGGUGGUAAUGCAUCCCUUAAUCCAGCCCAAAAUCUUCUACCCAGCACGAGGAUGCUGCCACCCGGAAACUCCCAGGCCUUACAGUUGUCUCAAGGGCUUUUGUCUGGAGCUUCCGUGCCACCGCGUCCACAACAGCUGGAUUCACAAUCAUCACUUCAGCAGCAGCAACAUCAACAACAACAACACCACCAACAACAGCAACAGCAGCAACAAUUGCAACAACAGCAACCUCAGCAAAGCCAACAAUCCUUGAUUCAACAACAGCAUCCCCAGCUGCAGAGAUCAAUGAUGCUUGCAGCUGGAAAUCCACUUUCACAAUUGAAUGCAAUUGGGCAGAAUUCCAACGUACAGUUAGGUAACAUGGUAAACAAGCUUCCAUUGCAAUAUCAGAUUUACCAGCAGCGGCAACAACAACAGCAACAGCAGCAACAACAACAGCAGCAACAGCAACAACAGCCGCAAAUGCAGAGGAAAAUGAUGAUGGGACUUGGAGGAGCAACUAUGGGUAUGGGAACCCUGGGAAAUAAUAUGGUCGGGCUUUCGGGGCUUGGCAAUGCCAUGGGCAUGGGAGCUGCAAGGGGGAUAGGAGGAGCUGGAAUGUCAUCACCUAUGACCCCUAUCUCUGGAAUGGGAAAUGUGGGUCAGAACCCAAUGAAUGCAUUAAAUCAGCAAGCUAGAAUACAUCAAGCGCAAGCUCUCAUGGCAUCAAAACUUCGUAUGCAAAACCGAGGCAACAUGUUAGGGGUCCCUCAAUCAAGCAUAGCUGGUAUGUCAGGAGCCAGACAGAUGCAUCCAGGAUCUGCUGGUCUAUCAAUGCUGGGUCAGACUCUGAACCAUGCAAACAUGAAUCCGAUGCAACAAACAGUGAUGGCUCCUAUGGGUCCACCAAAGUUGAUGGCAGGGAUGAAUAUGUACAUGAACUCGCAGCAGCAACAACAGCAGCAACAGCAACAACAGCAGCAGCUGCAACAGCAACAACAGCUGCACUUGCAACAGCAACAAUUGCAGCAGCAGUUGCAGCAGCAGUUGCAACAACAGCAGCAACCUCAGCAGCAAGAUACAAAUUCACCUCUACAGGCUGUACUUUCGCCACCACAGGUGAGCUCCCCCUCAACUAUGGGAAUUUCACAAAUGAACCAGCAAAUUCAGCAGCAGGCUAGUCCACAACAAAUGAGCCAAAGAACUCCAAUGAGUCCACAGCUGAGCUCAGGGGCUAUGCAUGUCAUGAGUGCCGGUAAUCCAGAGGCUUGUCCGGCAAGCCCACAGCUGAGCUCUCAAACACAUGGCUCUGUUGGUAGCAUUGCAAAUUCUCCCAUGGACCUUCAAGCUGCAAACAACUCAACCGGUAAUGCAUAGUAAGAAAAGAAAUGUAAGUAAAAGCUUGGGCAUGUUAUCUUGAGUUCAUGGAUAGGUUGUUGGUCUGGCAGAAGCUUCCCCUCAAUGGAACUGGUGAAGCAAAGCUGUUACACUAUCAUGUAGAGCUAUUACGCAUGUUACAUUUAUAUAGAUGUUGAAGAAUAUCAGGCAGUAGUAUGAUAGUGCUUGCUGUCGCCUGUAGGGGGAAGGUCGAUAUUUUUAUUGGGGGUGCAUCAUUUAUGCUAGAUGAUGAAGAGGAAUAAGGGUUAUCAAGAUAUAAUGUAAGUUCCAAGUAAUUGGCAAAUGGAAAUCCAGACUCCUAAGUUUUGGAUGCUAAUGAAAUUAUUUUCAUGCAGAUU